AUGUCGGACGAAGAGUUGUCGAACCGCAGCGAAGAAGAAGUCGACGACUUGUUCGGAGAAGAUGAAGACUUGGAGUCAAAGCCAACAGAGUCAAGUAUACCCAACGAGGAAAAUGACUCGGAAGACAGUGAAGAAGAACGAGAAGUAACGUCUAUGGAUGUUACUUUGCCUCGUCAUGCGGUCUCCCACAAGCCUGAGGUGGAUACAUAUUCGAUCAAGAUGCCAGUUUUCCUCAAUGUGGAUGCGCAUCCGUUUGAUCCUAAUGAUUUCAAGGAGAAAGUUGCCCAGAAUGCUAAAGACAGAACGAAAAGCACCAUGGACGCCAAACAGAUUCAGAAUGAUGCCAUUGCCGAAAAGCUCUUGAACGAGAACACCAUCAGAUGGAGAUAUUCCAACAGUGGAAAUGAUGAGAUCAUCAAACAGUCUAAUGCACACUUUGUCCAGUGGGACGAUGGACUGUUAUCGUUGAAGAUUGGAGACGAGCUCUUUGACUUCAGGGAGUUACCUAUCACGGACCAUUUUCUCGCUAAAAGUUAUGUUGACCAUGAGAUUUUGCAGAAUGACUCGAUUUUGACCAAGUCAGCCAGCUUGCUUCCAUCUUCCACCAGGACGGAAACACACCGUAGAUUGACGCAAGCGGUCAAGAACAUCCAGACUAAGGACAAAAUUUUGAACACGUUGACCGAGAAGGAUCCGAUGUUGAAGCAGCGCUUGGCAGAUGAGAACGAGCGUAAGAACCUCAAGAUGAAGAGACAGAUUGAGCAGAGAAGAAGAUUGCAAGAGGAGAAGUUGGGCAAGACCGAGAGUCCGGGUCCGGGCCGUGGAAACACCUACGAGUCUGCUUACGAACGGUUUGAGAGGACUUACGGUGCUGAUGAGUAUGAUGACGAAGAUGAUUUCGUUGCCAAUGAUGAUGAGGAGGUGGAGCUCGAGGAUGACGACGACACACACUUGGAUAUAGAUGAGGACGAGAAGUUUGAGCGUGGAGCAGAAAGAUUGAAGAAUUUGAAGGAUGACGGAGCCUCGAAGUAUAAGUCAGCCACGCCCGAUGAGGGAGAGGACAGACGGAAGAGGCGGAGAAUCGUGGAGUCUGAUGAGGACGACGAGUAA